UUUCACCCUUCAUACACACUUUCUAACCACAAACCCUCCCACUUUGUCGCCCAUCUCAGACAACAACAUUCUAUUUUCCCACUUCUGUUUACGAUUGACAGAAACAUAGUCACACAAAAACACAAAAAAAAAAAACUUUCUUGUCAGGUCUCAAUGGCUCCCUCAGACCAAUCUCGCCACUCUCUUGUUCCUGGAUUCUUAUACUCAUCAAAAAUACAGUCCCAUUUGAGUAAUAACACCAAUCAUGGGUUGCCAUUGCUACCAUCAUCAUCCUCCAUUGCAUCGUAUUCAUCAUCCUCGUCGUUGCCAGUGCAGGGUGGGGCCAAGAGUCCUGUGAUCCUUUCACCACAAGAGAAAAUCCGCUUGUUUUCUCCUGCCUACUAUGCAGCAUGCAGUGCCGGUGGGGUCUUCAGUUGUGGACUCACUCACAUGGCUGUCACUCCUCUCGAUCUUGUCAAGUGCAACAUGCAGAUUGAUCCUGUAAAGUACAAGAACAUCACAUCGGGAUUUGGAGUGUUACUGAAGGAGCAGGGUGCUAAAGGUUUCUUCAGGGGAUGGGUGCCUACUCUGCUGGGGUACAGUGCUCAAGGAGCAUGCAAGUUUGGGUUUUAUGAAUUCUUCAAGAAGUAUUACUCAGACCUUGCAGGACCCGAGAAUGCAGUGAAGUACAAAACGAUCAUAUAUCUAGCUGGUUCUGCUUCAGCUGAAGUCAUUGCUGAUAUUGCCCUUUGCCCUAUGGAGGCUGUCAAAGUUCGUGUACAAACUCAGCCUGGCUUUGCUCGAGGUUUAUCAGAUGGGUUGCCCAAGUUUAUCAAGGCCGAGGGUGCUUCUGGGUUGUAUAAAGGUAUAGUUCCUCUUUGGGGGCGUCAAAUUCCAUACACGAUGAUGAAAUUUGCUUCUUUUGAGACCGUUGUGGAGAUGAUCUACAAAAACGUCAUCCCAGUCCCGAAGGAGAAGUGCAGCAAAAAUAAGCAGCUUGGAGUGAGUUUUGCAGCUGGAUACAUAGCAGGUGUGCUGUGUGCAGUUGUCUCACAUCCUGCUGACAACCUCGUUUCUUUUCUCAACAAUGCCAAGGGAGCCACUAUUGGUGAUGCUGUGAAGAAAAUUGGGGUGGUAGGUCUUUUCACUCGUGGCCUUCCUCUUCGUAUAGUUAUGAUUGGAACACUAACUGGAGCACAGUGGGGACUCUAUGAUUCAUUUAAAGUAUUUGUAGGACUGCCUACUACUGGAGGAAGUGCUCCUGCACCUGUUAAGUAGAAAGCAGAGAUACUAAAGAUAUGCGAAAGGAGAUUUUUUUUGUCAAAAAUAAUUUAUGUUUAGAUUUUGUCCUUCAUUUCAUUUUCUUCAAAUUGUAUUGGAUUCUUAGUUCGAUUGUCAAAACGAGAGAGACAAUCUUGUUUCUACGGGCAUGACAAUUAGUGUUUUAUGGAAUGUAGAACUAUUUUUCCUAAUUUAAACUUCCGAUCACACUUGUCCAAUAUAAAAGCUCUACUCAAAUAUCUCAAGGAAUGAAGGAAGCUUUAAUGGGUUCCGUUUUAUGAAAAGAAGAAAAAUGUAAAGUUGUCUUGAUGUAGAGGCUAUGAUUGUCUCGGUUGAGUCCAUCAUAGAAUAUUCUACGAGGCAAUGCUAUUUACAAAGCCGAGCCCCUCCUUUUUACUCCACAGCAUCUAAACUUCUUAUAAUAUAAAAGGAUUUGCAAAAACAAUUACAAUAAAGAUAAAUAGAAGGUAGCAAAAGAAAAAGGCGGUGUCUAGAACAUUUGCCCGUAAACUACAUGAUCGAUCAUCUUUGUUUCUUCUUUAAUCCAAAAUAAAUAAAUAAAACCACCAGCACAUAGAUAACAAUGUUAACUAAU